AUGGCCAUCCGCCAAAUACUGAAACGAUCUUUAUCCAACGAAAGAAGAUCAAAUGAAGUUCCAAAAGGGCAUUUAGCUGUUUACGUCGGAGAAAAUGAAAAGAAGAGAUUUGUUAUUCCAUUGUCAUAUUUAAACCAUCCUUCGUUUCAAGAUUUGCUAUGCCAAGCCGAAGAAGAAUUUCGAUACCAUCAUCCAAUGGGCGGCCUCACUAUUCCUUGCAGACUUUUCCCUAUCGCAUUUGCUAUUGUUCAUGAGGAGAAUGACGAUAACUGGUUUUGGUUCUUAACAUUGCUAAAGGAGCCAAUUAACCAGGAUCGUAUCUUUACGUUUAUUUCUGAUUGGCAACAUGACAUUCUAGAAGGGGUUAAGAACAUGUUUCCAUAUUGUUUUCACUCAUUUUGCCUCAGACAUUUGAUAGGUAAUUUGAACAACAAAUUUAAAGGGGUUCCAACAAGUUAUAGGGAGGCAAUUGUUGGCCAAUUUGUAUCAUGCGUAUUUGAAUUCUCAAAGACGUCUUUUGAUAAGAAGAUCGAGAAGCUCAAGGUCACUGGUUCUAGCAAAGUUGUGAAAUUCUUGAAUGACUUGCCUUAUAAUAAAUGGGCGAAUGCGUAUUUUGAUGGGCAUAGAUACGGUGAAAUCAUGUAUUCGAACGGCGUGGAAUCUUGGAAUUCGCAAAUUCUUCUGUUGCGCGACCUACCAGUUAUGACUAUGAUAGACGCAAUUAGAAGCAAAUUAAUGAAGCAGAUGACUAAGAGAAGAGAUAAAGCAGCUAAUUGGUCAUCUAUGUGCUACCCUAAGAAGGAGAAAAUUUCGCAAGAUAUUGAAGUUGAAGGCAGGUCGUGGAAGCCUGAGAAGGCCGCUGACAAUAUUUUUGAAGUUCCCAGUAAUCCGUCUAUUGUUGUUGACUUGGCGCAAAAAUCUUGCACAUGUCGAGAAUGGCAGAUUCUUGGAUUUUCUUGUGUUCAUGCGGUGUGUGUAUUAGGGAACGAGAGGACAGAACCAUAUGACUAUAUGAUCCCUAUUUACCGUAUGUUAGAUACACUACAAACGAAGAGGAAAUUUGUGUUGGCCCACCUGAAUUUAAAUCUCGACGUGGAAGACCAAAAAAGAAGAGGAUACCAUCUAUUGGAGUGCUAA